GUUUUAUUUACUCCUAGUCACCCUGCGACUGAAAAUAUCACAAAUUCACAAUAGACAACAAAUCUAAACAUAAUCUGUGCUGCCAUGGGCGGACAUGACAAUGUCAAAUUUCUGUCAAUUUUGUUUAUUGAUUGUGAAAUGGAUUCAUAUUUUUAUUUAAAUAAUUAGCAUUAUUCGCUAGAUCACCUAUUUUUGAUUGUUAUACUAUCUAAAAUAUUUACUUUUCAAUCCAAAAAUGAAUUGAACGUGUAAGAUAUGGUGGUUUAGUGAAAUUAACUAAUUUUCUCUUAUUACUUUGAAUUACAAAUUUUAUCUCCGUUGCUGAAAUUAUGGUAGAAAACGGUGCCUCCAGUGGGGGCAGUGAUAGCCCAAGCGCAACUUGUGCAAGAUCUGGGCUUUUGGAGACUUUGGUGCGUGGUGUUUGGUACCGCGUACAUUGUACACUGGAAGAUGAUUAUUUUAGUGUUUGUUUGGAUGAUGGAUACGACGCUACCACAACUCUAAACGGGACGAUUAAUAACAACAACGUUGAGACUCCAAAUAGUGAUUUCACAGAAGUUCCAGAAGCUAUUGCAAACCAGAAACGUUUAGUACAAGUAGUGAAAUCAGACAAUAAUGGUUUAGGUAUAUCAAUAAAAGGUGGAAUAGAAAACAAUAUGCCUAUAUUAAUAUCAAAAAUAUUUAAAGGAAUGGCUGCAGAUCUUACAGAACAGUUGUAUGUUGGUGAUGCAAUAUUGUCAGUCAACGGGGAAGACUUGAAAGAUGCUACACAUGAAGAAGCAGUCAAAGCUUUGAAGAGAGCUGGAAAAAUGGUCCAACUUGAAGUGAAAUAUUUGAGAGAAGUGACUCCAUACUUUCGGAAGGCGUCGAUCAUCAGUGAGGUGGGGUGGGAGCUGCAGCGCGGCUACAUGGCGGAGGCGCCGCCGUCGCCGCCGUCCCCGCGCCGCCGCCGCGCCGACACGAGAUACGUGCCAUUAUUGAUGGCCUGCGUAGCCAAAAACCUUCGCCACCAUGACCCAGAGGAGCGCACGAUCGAGGUGUACUCUCCGGACGGGGUGCAUGCGGUAGCGCUGCGGGCGGAGGACAGUUCCGAUGAAGCAGAAGGCUGGCAUCGCGCGGUACGUCACACCGCGCGCCGCGCCGCCCGCGCCGCGCUGGCCCGCGCGCGCCCGCGCCUGCGCCCGCUCGUCGGCGACGUGCGCUACGCCGGCUGGCUGGCCCGCCGCCCGCCGCAGGAUCAUAUAAGUGCAUCUGGCGGGUCAGACAGUUCCGAUGAAGCAGAAGGCUGGCAGCCGACUUUUGUGGCUAUAACAGACAGAGAGUUGAGGCUGUACGAGGCGGCGCCGUGGUCGGGCGAGGCGUGGUGCGCGCCCAGCGAGAGCUUCAGCCUGGCGGCCACGCGGCUGGCGUGGUGGCGGCGCGGCGGCGCGCAGGCGGCCGCGCUGGGCGUGCGCGCGGGCACGCCGGCCGGCCUGUGCGUGCGCGCGCUGCGCGAAGACACGCCGCACGACCUGGCCGCCGUGGCCGGCGCGCUGGUCGACGGCGCGCAUCACGCUGUGCGCGCGCAGCCCGAGUUCACCUUCCGCUGCCGCUUCCGCGGCGCGUGCGCGCGGCUGUCGCUGGGCGCGGGCGGCGUGUGCGUGUGGGAGGCGGCGGGCUCGCUGGGCCGCGGCGGCGCGCGCGCGCUGUUCCGGCGGCCGCUGCACGCGCUGCGCGCCUCCGCCGACGACGACCGCGCCGCGCUCUGGCUGCACUUCGCCGACCCCGACACGCUGGAGCUGGACAUGGAGGGCAGCCCGAAGCCGGCGGUGUUCAUCCUGCACAACCUGCUGUCGGCGCGCGUGCACGCGCUGCCGCCCGACGCCGCCGCGCAGCCGCUAUAACCCGCCUCCGACGCGCCCGACGCUCGUGGCCGUAGACGCGCGUCCGACGCCGGUUACACUGAGCGCGAUGUCUUAGACGCAUCGGUUACUGGCUACAUAGAUCACGACCCCCGACGAGUGUUAGACGCCGCCCAUUUUGAUCGCGACGUUCGACCCGUGUCGGACGUCGGUCAUUUUGAUCGCGACAGCCGAGGCGUAUCGGACGUGAUUCACGUCGAUUGUGACAACCGGGAUUCGACGUUUUUAGUAUGAAUGUCGGAAGUAUAAUCCCUCAAACGCUACGUUCGCACAUGUCGUCGCUAUAUGUUUUUUUCAUCACAAUUUUUUUGUUAGAUAGGUAACGUAUCAACGCCGUUUAUUUGUCAGUGGUUUAAUUUAAUAUACUACGAUCAAAUUGUGUAUUUAGUUAUUUUAUUAUUCCUACAAAAAUCCGCUGAUUCAAAGAUUUCGGUGUAGCUGAAUGGUUAAAUAAAAUGUAAACGUAUUAUUAAGCUAUUUUGUCGAAAUACCUCUGAAGUUAUCUAAGAUCUGUUUAUUGAGAUUAGUGUCUGAGAUAAGCAAGAAAUGAACAUGAUUAGGAUAAAUGUGCAAAAAAUAAGCGAACCGGCGCGGUCUUAAAACAUGAUAGAUAAGUUUGCUUUGGCUUUGUUAAAGUCCAAGGCUUUACUGGUGAAGUAAAUAGGUUCUGUAGGUUAUGCGGAGCUAGCUAAAUGUCCUGCUUCAAUGACGACAUUAGAUGUGUACUCUUGUAAAGGUAAAGUUGUAAAGGCUAUUUUAAAUUCUGAUUACGAAAGUCUUAUAAUUAAGUAACGAAAUGUAUUGAGGUCAAUGUAGUUCGUGAAACGUGUUUAUCAUUGAACGACGUCAAUCUGUGAUGAUUCACAUCUCUAUCAUGAGGAUAAUCUUUCCAUAUCGAAUUUUGUAAAUGCUAAAUCAUGAAUGUAUAUUUUUUAACAUUUGACAAGUACAUUUAAGACGAGGAUUACAUUCCAGUCCAGGGCUAGUAAUCGAGCGAGCUAAUUUAACAGUUGUCAUGCGGACUACUCUUUCUCCGUUAUGAAAUACCAAAUAUACUAGUGGUGGUUUAGAAGCUGUAAUAUUUAAAACGGUGACUAUGCUCAACUACCUUGUCGUAUGACUAGUUGUAUUUUUUCAAGAAUUUGAUGUUUCUCCGAUAAUGAAAGGUGUUAGUUACGAUGAGCAUACUACAUCCUAAAAAAUCAAGGUAUAAAUAUUACACGUUAUAAACGCCACCAUGGAGAGAGAAUAUCUUGUGAAAUUAGGUUAAUUUUUACUAUUAAUUCUUCUAAGAUGUAUAUCGACAGUAAGUUUCGUUAGCAUUGCGAGUAGUGAUAGAGACUUAUUUCGGUAAAAUAGAGCGCUCUAAAACUCAACGAAAUCUCAGUAAAAUCGCUAGCAUCUUUGAACUGACGCAUUCGAAAGAAUCAUGUAGCAAAUUAUUGCCUUCGCCUUAUGGAGUAUUUAUAUUGUGUAUAAUGUUACAUUUAUAUUUCAUUGGUUUACAUUGUGGGUUGUCAUUUAAGACGUAGGUAUCUCAUUUUCUCAGUGAUCUUUGAAGGCACUUUUACUAUUUAUUGCGGAUUAUUUAAUCCGUAUAUAAGACUAACAACAAUCUUCCAAAGAACGAAUCUCUUAAUAUAUUUUUGUUAUAUUCUUAAUAGAACGCGAUUUCACUUUUAAUGUUAGCAUUAUGAAUUGUAAUCACAGUGUAUUUGUAUAAUUUGUGUUAUGUAUAUAUUCGUAGUUAUGCCUAUUGAUUAUUAUUAUAAUUACAACAUUCCCAGAAUGUAGUACAUUAGAGUUGCUUUAAAUAUAAUAGUAGUGUUUUAUCUCGAAUAAGUUAGAGUAAGAUUUCAAUAAUAACUGUAUAUUGUGUUGCUAAUAGCGUAAUUAUACAACUAAGGACGGGCAAUAUUUAAAGUGAUAAAUUUUUACAUGUUAGAAAUAUUUAUUUUAGUACCAGAAAUAUACAAGUUUGCUUUAAGAGGUCAUGGUCAGGUUAUUAAUAGGUGAUAGAUAUUUGUAGAUGAUACCGUUAUAAUUUAAAGAACAGUUGUUGUUCAUAAAUAUCUAUUCCUAUAUUUAUAAACAAUGUUAAAAUGUGGAGAAUUGUGGAAAGUUAUCAUUUUUGCGUCAUUGAUCGGCGACUACCCAAAAGUAGUCAACCAGAUUACGAUCACUAAGCUGUACAUUGGCUGGCUGGAACAAAUGUAGUUCCCAACUUUUACCAAGAAAUCAGUUAUUUUUUACAGCGUUUUAUAAUUAUGUCAAAAAGCAAAUUACUGUAUAAUUUAUAAAACUCGUUUAGACUAUAAAAAAUGCUGCUUCUAUAUAAAUCAGAGUUGCAUUCUGGCAAUGGUUAUAAAUAUAGUUCCCUACUUACUAUUUCCAUUUAAUCUUUGGAACGUGCAAGAUUUAUCAUAAAUAAAAAUUUGCCGAUGUCGGUGCCGAUAAAAAAUGUUGCAUGUUUCAAAUAAAUGUGUUGCCCUUCUUUAUAUGGAUAGUUAAGUCGGAGUGAUACGCAGUGUGUAAUAUUCGUGGUGUUAUUGUGCUCUUUCAUCACAAGCGAUCAGUCGUUAGUUGUAAGUACUUACACAUAACACGAAGACUUUUUACUCUAAACUUUGUUACCGUAUUUUAAAAUCUUUCGGAAUUAGGCUUUUAUCUUAUGAGACGACAUUUGUUACCAUACACUUUCUUAUAACUUGAUGAUGUUGCCAUAUCAGUGUAAUGUAAAUUUAUACUAACAGUAAGACUUAAUAUUGUGUAAUCUCAUAGAAUUUCUACUGAUGACAUUCCUUCUUAUGCUCUAUGAAUCAUUAUAAUAUGUCUAUCAUAAUAUGGAUCAACGAUAGGUCUCAUAAAUUUAGAUGCGACAUAUUAUGGCAUAAUUUCGAUUAAAUUUUCUAUUAAUGGAAUAAAUACUAAAAUUAUGCCACCAAAAUGCCCCCUUUUAUUGUAUUGUUAAUUAUGAAAUUGUUUACAAUUAGAUACGCCUCUGUGGAUCAAUUAAUGUUUUAUUCUCAACAUUGAUUGUUUUUUCAAAGCCCAUCUUGAAUUGCACACCAAAUUAUUUCAUCAUUUAUUCUAAGGUUUCGUGAAGUUUAGAUAAUUUACAAUUAUACCACAUCGUGAUUCAUAUUUGUAGUGGUCUUAUUAUUAUUUCAAAAAAUAUCUUAAUUUUGAGAAGCUUAAAAAAGACAUACAGGCUAGAAGAUUUAUUUAAAAUCUUAUAUGAUGUUUUGAAUGUAGUUUAAUUAUUAUGAAUAACAGGCAGUUAUGGUUAUGUUAUUGUGUUAAUGGUAUAUUUUUAGUACUUUUAUGUAUGCAUGUACCUAAAUAAAACUUGUACCUAUUCGUUCAUACGCUAGAAACGUAUUAUUGUUUAUUUAACGAAAUUAUUGUUGUAUUGUUAAAUAUGUUAAUUGGAUCGGGGAGUGUUAUUAUAAUAUUUACUGUUAUAUUGGAAGUAGUAUAUUUAGCAAUUUAUAAUCUUGCGAUAGUUUUGGAUAUUUUCAA